AUGUCUGCAAAUUUGCAAAACAGCAAUCAUUAUAAUCUGCUCUCAGACAGCAGCAGAGGAGCUGGAGGAAACUACACUGUCAGUUCUGCUGCUCUAAAUCACACAGGAGUUUAUGUGUGCAGAGCAGAGAGAGGAAAACCAGCCUAUAACACAACCAUCAGCAACACACAGUUAAUAUGGGUCACUGGUGUUUCUCCUCCAGUGUCUCUGAUCAUCAGUCCCAACAGAACUCAACACUUCACAUCUGUCUCUCUCUCUCUGAGCUGUGAGGACCAGAGUGACUCUACUGGAUGGAGAGUGAGAAGAUACACAGACAGAUAUGGGCUGAAAUAUUGUUCAUCAUCAGUGUGGGGAUCACAAACAGGAUCUACAUGUACAAUCAGAUCCACCAUGAUAUGGGACACUGGAGUGUACUGGUGUGAGUCUAAAUCUGGGGAUAAAUAUCAUCCUCUUAACAUCACUGUACACUCUGAUGUGAUUCUGGAGAGUCCUGUUCAUCCUGUGACUGAAGGAGAUACUCUGACUCUACACUGUUUAUAUCAACAUACAACACCACCAAACCUCAGAGCUGAUUUCUAUAAAGAUGAAUCACUCAUCCAGAGUCAAACUACAGAGAUGAUCAUCUCUACUGUCUCAAAGUCACAUGAGGGUUUCUACUACUGCAAACACCCAGAGAGAGGAGAGUCACCCAAGAGCUGGAUCUCAGUCACAGUGUUUCAUUCAGAAUUAUUAUUAUUUCUGUACUUUUUUUCUCCAUAUUUGUUAGUGAAAUUGCAUCUGUUGAAGAGCAAGAAACUACAAUCUGAUCUUAAUCUGUUGUGA